UCCAUCUUGGCGCAGAGGGAAGGGAGGGAAGCGAGGGGUUUCCCGGUGCCAUCCAUCUGUUUGAUUCAUCCGGUUCUUCCGCUCUGGCGCCACCUAGCGCCACCACCGAACCCUAGAAUGCCCCUUCCGCAUAAUUGUAGGGUUUUCUCUCUGCCCAAUUCCAUCAGUUAGGGUUUUCAGCUGCCUUCUCUUCUCUUCUCUUGGUUCAUCCUCUUCCAGCAGGGAUUGCAGAGAUGGUACGGCUUGGUUUCUAAGGGAGGUUUUGGUUUCACCUCUCUGCGGCGGCGACGGCGAAGAUGGCCCCACGGCGGCACGGCGUGGGGGUUAGGACCUGGUAGUUCUUGUGGAUAAAGGGUGUUUCUGGAAUGGAAGCAUCGAUUAAGGGGGGAAUGAUUUUGGGGUCGUCGCAGAGAGGUAGGGUGGGCCUUUGGUGUCGAUUGCGGUUCCGGUUGGCGUUUGGUUCGUCUUUGUCCGCGGCCGCGUCCGAAGGAUUCGCUGGUAGGCGCAGUGAGAUGCCGAUGCGAUGGACUGCCGUGGCUCGUCUCUGAGAAGGCGAGGCUGCGGGGUCCUUUUGCGUUGGCUUGCAUCAUUUUUUAGGGAUUCCGAUAACAUGAACGGCUCGCCGACCGGAGACCGGUGUUCCGGCGAAUCAGAGCUGCCUGAUUUGGAGAUUGCGGAAACGGACCCUAGUGGUCGAUACAUCCGGUAUACGGAAGUUUUGGGUAAGGGAGCAUUCAAGACUGUAUACAGGUCAUUUGAUGAAGUAGAUGGGAUAGAAGUGGCAUGGAACCAAGUCAAAAUGGGCGAUGUCUUACGGUCGCCUGAAGAUUUAGAGAGAUUGUAUUCGGAAGUGCAUUUGCUGAAAUCGCUUAAACACGAUAACAUUAUCAAAUUUUUUAGUUCAUGGGUCGAUGAGCAGAAGAAGACCAUCAACAUAAUUACGGAGUUGUUUACGUCUGGGAGUCUAAGAAAGUACCGUCUGAAACAUAAAAAGGUGGACAUGAAGGCUGUAAAGAACUGGGCCAGACAGAUUCUUCGUGGACUGCAAUAUCUUCAUGGGCAUAAUCCACCCAUUAUUCACAGAGAUUUGAAAUGUGAUAACAUUUUCGUUAAUGGAAAUCAUGGGCAAGUAAAGAUCGGAGAUCUUGGAUUAGCAACUAUUAUGCAGCAGCCUAGUGCCCGAAGCGUGAUUGGGACUCCUGAGUUCAUGGCUCCAGAGCUUUAUGAAGAAGAGUACAACGAACUUGUUGACAUAUAUUCCUUCGGCAUGUGCUUAUUGGAGAUGGUCACAUUUGAGUACCCUUACAGUGAAUGCAAGAACCCAGCCCAGAUUUAUAAGAAAGUCUCUUCUGGGAUCAAACCUGCAGCCUUAGACAUGGUUAAUGAUCCUGAAGUAAAGUUGCUUAUUGAGAAAUGUCUAGCCCCAGCAUCGGAAAGGCCUUCUGCAAGGGAGCUUUUGAAAUAUCAAUUUCUUCAGCACAUUGAUUUAAAAGAGCAAGCCUGCAACUCUCUGCAAUUACCCACUUUAGUGCCCCAAACCUCAAACUUGGAAGGUUCGUCUGUGCACUCUGAUGCGGCUUCUGUUACUCAGGUGAAGUCUGGACCAUUAUCAAUGGACAUAGAUUAUGACUACAAGCAGUCAUCUAUGAGCACUAAUUCGAGGAACAGCAUAAAUACCCACUGCUUUCCAAGCUUGGAAUACGAGAGGUCCAAAAAGAACUAUUCGUUCAGGUUGAAGGGAGACAAAACUGAUGCUAAUUCUAUAUCUCUAGUUCUGAGGAUUGCUGGCCCUGAUGGUCGUGUGAAGAAUGUGCAUUUUAUGUUUUACCUUGACAGUGACACGGCACUUUCGGUGGCCAGUGAGAUGGUGGAGCAGCUAGAUCUCUCUGAUCAAGAUGUCACAUUUAUUGCAGAGUUCAUUGAUUUCCUGAUAAUGAAACUAAUACCUGAGUGGGAACCUUCCGUUCCCCCCUCAGAAAAUGGAACAAACUGUGUCCGGACAGAAUCUAAGGUGCCGGAGCAUGCUCGGUUCUCCGUUGGUUAUUCAUGGGAUGGAGUACAUGGAAGCAGUGCUGUCAAAGGCAUAGAAGAUGUCCUGUCUGGGUCAGAUUUGGAGAAUUAUUGCAUUGAUCUGAGUUCUGUGGAGGGUUCCAUAAAGCGGCAGCAUGAGGAUGGUGCAUUUACAAAACCAGACGAUGCCAUGUCCCAUGGUGGAUUUGAUUCCCCUUCAAGUUCUGCUGCUGCAGCGGACCAGGAAUCCCUUGAGUCAGUUGCCUCUGGGGUCUCAACUGAAUGUUCUAAUGUUGUUGAUUUGGUUCCUGAAACGAGGGAAAACAACGUCGCAGAUGUGGCAAAUUUAGAUUUGUCAGUCUGUAAUUUAAACGAUUUUGCUGAUAUUGCGAACACCCGGAGCUAUGCCUCAUCGUCUUUGGAGGAAGACGAGGAUGAGGAGUUGAAAGCGGAAUUUGAUUUGAUUAGCCAGCAGUACCAGCAAUGGUUUCAGGAACUCUCGAGGCAGCGUGAUGAAGCACUUGAGGAGGCUAGGAAGCGGUGGGCCACAAAGAAUAAACAGCCAGCUGCUUGACGCUAAUUAGCUUGACAUUGAUCAUUGUUUCCCUUAAUUUUCGAGGAAUGUCUUUGAUCAUUUGCUCGAAAAUAAACUUGUUCCGUUUCGAGCAACGUCUUGAUUUUCUUUAUCAACUUUUCUCUGUGUGGGGAAAUAUCAUGAUGAAUUAAAGAGUUUUCUCAGAA